UCGCCGAGCUCGGUUCCCAGACUCUCACGCGUCCCGUGCGCCCUCCCGGGCGUCCGACGGUGACUCGCCCAGCCGGGCCUCAGCCACCCCUUUCCGUGGACUCGGCCGGCGAGAAGCUCGGGGACGAUUGAAGGUCAAGUCGUCGGCGCCCUCCCCAGGGCCCGCGGGGCGUCCUGGCACCCGCGCGCACAAGGAGGCGCGCAGGAGUCGCCAAAUAGCCACGGCGCCGGACUCCUCCUCCUCCUCCUCCUCCUCCUCCUUCUCCACGGCGGCGGCCCGGGGCGCAGCCUCCCGCAGCCAGCCGGUGGCUUCCCCAGCGUGGCGUCCCCGGAGCCGCCCCGCCGCCCGGGAUUCGGGCUGGGGGGCCUAGGGAUCCCGAAAUCCAGCGGCGCCCCUAUGCGCCACCCAGCCGCCGCCGUGCCACAGCUAUGACCCUGAGCGCGGAGAUGUCCGACGCCUCGGGCCUCGCCGAGGAGACAGACAUCGACGUGGUGGGGGAGGGCGAGGACGACGACGACGACGAGGAGGAAGAGGACGACGACGAGGGCGGAGGCGGCGGCGGCGGUGACGGUGCCCGGUUGUCCGUGGUCCCCGGACAGCGGAGGCGGCGACGGCGCUCUUACGCCGGCGAGGACGAGCUCGAGGAUCUGGACGAGGAUGACGACGAUGACAUCUUGCUGACCCCGAGGGCCGGAGGUGCCCCGGUGCCCUCGGGUCCCGAGACCGUAGCGGGGAGCGGGACCGGAGGUGUCGGGGGUCCGGGUCCCGGGGCUGGCGGCGGCGGCGGCGGAGGAGGCGGUGGCGGCGGCGGUGGAGGAGGAGGAGGAGGAGGAGGAGGCGGCGGCGGCGGCGGCUCCAAGAACCCGCUGGUGAAGCCGCCUUACUCGUACAUCGCGCUCAUCACCAUGGCCAUCCUGCAGAGUCCCAAGAAGCGGCUGACGCUGAGCGAGAUCUGCGAGUUCAUCAGCAACCGCUUCCCGUACUACCGGGAGAAGUUCCCCGCCUGGCAGAACAGCAUCCGCCACAACCUGUCGCUCAACGACUGCUUCGUCAAGAUCCCCCGCGAACCGGGCAACCCGGGCAAGGGUAACUACUGGACGCUGGACCCGGAGUCCGCGGACAUGUUCGACAACGGCAGCUUCCUGCGCCGGAGGAAACGUUUCAAACGGCAGCCGCUGCUCCCUCCCAAUGCCACGGGCGCCGCGGCCGCCGCCGCCGCCGCCGCCGCCGAGUCGUUGCUGCUCCGGGGCGCGGGAGGCGCGGGGGACCCAUCGGCCGUGGCCGCCGCCGCCGCCGCCGCGCUCUUCCCGCCCGCGCCGCCGCCCGCGCACGCCUUCGCCGCCUACGGGCCCUACGGCUGCGGCUACGGCCUGCAGCUGCCGCCCUACGCGCCGCCCUCCGCGCUCUUCGCGGCCGCCGCCGCCGCCGCCGCCGCCGCCACCACCGCCGCCACCGCCUUCCACCCGCACUCGCCGCCGCCUCCCCCGCCGCCGCCGCCGCCGCCGCCGCACGGGGCCGCCGCCGCCGCCGAGUUGGCCCGGACCGCCUUCGGCUACCGAUCUCCGCACGCUCUCGGCGCCGCCGCGGCCACCGGAGCCGCCCUGCCCGCUCCUCUGCAGGCGUCGGCGGCCAAGGCGGGCUGCCCCGGCGCGGGGAUGCUGGCGCGUUCGCCCUUCUCCAUCGAGAGCAUCAUCGGGCGCAGCCUGGGCCCCGCCGCCGCCGCCGCCACGGCCGCACGAGCCUCGCCCGUGACCUCGUCGCCCGGGUUGGCAGCGUCCGGGCCGGGACCCGGCGGUGGCGGCGGCCCAGGCGGCUGCGCGGCCCAGGCGGCUGCGGGCCCGGCCGCCGCGCUCACCCGGUCUCUCGUGGCCGCCGCCGCCGCCGCCGCCUCGUCCGUCUCGUCGUCCGCCGCCCUGGGGACUCUGCACCAAGGGACGGCUCUGUCCAGUGUGGAGAACUUUACCGCUAGGAUUUCCAAUUGUUAAUAACGCUAUGUUUAAAAAGCACGGAAGGUAGGAAAAAUCCCCGGGGCACCCUCGGGGC